AGACCAUGCAAAAACUCAAAGAAAACAUGCAAAAAUCCCAGAAGAGAAUAGCUAAACAGCCAACAAGCAGAAACCAUCACAUUUUAUUCAUCUGGGUGGAGAUGCAAAUAUCUUGAUAAAAACAGUAUUGUAAUAUCACCUGCUUUAUAUCUCAAGACAAUCGAAUCCCAGCGUAAGGCAAAUCAGCAUUUUCCUUCCAGCUAUAUAGUUGACGUUAAUUUGAAUGGAAUCUCCAGCAAACAAACAGAAGGCAAAUGUAAAGUAUCCACUGUGUCUUCAGAACCUUCUACAGUAAAAUGUACAACAAUGAAUAAAGAUAAAAUUAAUGGAACGGAGAAUGGUAGAAUAAAGAGACUCAUUAGCAUUAUGGAGAAUAAUUCACCCUGUAGAGAUAAGGAAGUUAGACCUGAAAAAAAGACUAACAUACCAAAAGACCAAUAUGAUUCUAAAGAAAAUGUGAGUAAAGAUAUUGUUCCCCGUUUGUGUGCUGUGCACAUCAAUAAAAAAAAUUGUUGUCUUGGGGAUGUUAAACGUGAGGAUAAAAGUGCUGAUUUGAUUGAAAAUUAUAAAGAUGCAAUAGCAAAACUAAAACACCCAAAAACAUGGCAACCAUCACCAAAUUCAUCUGAAAGUCUGGUGAAAGCUUCCUUGCAUGGUAAUAUUCAGAAGUGCAUCUUACAACUUCAUAAUUCAAAUACGAAACAACUGACCAAUCUCAUUACAUGUGGACUCAAAAGCUCCAUUAUUGAAAGAAACAGUGGUGGUAAGAGAUGUUUUGAAGGAGAGAAUCCAUGUUUAAAUUCAGAACAUAGUCAGACGCAUAUUGCCACCAGCCCAGAAACUUCAGUGACCAGAACAUGCAAAGCAGAAAAGGAGAAAUUUGAGUGGAGUCAGACCACACAAGAAUUGUCAAAGGAUGUUUGGGGUUUUCCUGCUUUUCAUCCAAACCCUUUGAAAACACCCUUUCAUUUAAAUGUUUCUUAUUCUUCAAGAACUCAUACUAGGAGUGGUAAGAGAAAUCUGUCAGCAUCAAGACAUAUCAUUUCUCCCCAAAGCCAUAUGAGAGAUGUAUAUGAAAAAAGAAAUGAUCUACUACCUGCUGGAAGUCAAGUUACCCUGGGGCUAAUGCUAAACACUAUACAACAAAGACUCAAACCCAACCAUAUCAGUGUCAUAUUUGGACAAACACACAGAUUCGUGUAAACGUCAAAAUGAAUAAAUAAGGACCUACUUUUGUCUUUUCAAUCAACACAACAAUAUUCCAAAUAAAUAAAUUUUUAAUUAUGAUACAUUAAUUAUUACAGUAGAAAUUUGCAUUUUCCCUUCAAAACAUAAGCACCAGUCUUGAUUUAACAUAAAGUAAAAAUCAUAUUGAAAUAUAUAGCAAAAUACCAUGUGCAAACAGUAUCAGCAC